AAUCUUAUAACCCAAUUGAAAAUAAUUACAGUACUAGAAGAAAUUCAUGAUGAGGGCCAACAUCUCUAGUUCUCUACUGCGUAUGUCAUCUACGUGUAAUGUAAUCCUGUGAGACUUUCCAUGGCAACCAGAAGUGUUCAACUGGCCUUUCUCUUAGCUAGCUAGCCUCCCGUGAUAUACAUACUCUACCAUUUCCUGCCUGUGUUGAACGUGGAGGCCUACACCACCAUUCAGUAUUGUAUUACACUUCCUACUUCUGCUUCCAAAACUUCAUUUUGAUAAUUGAUAGCGCCAAACCUUCCAAUUCCAAACACACGUUCAUCCCCUCAUUAAUGAAUCCAAACGCAGAAGAUGCAAACACACAGACGAGGCCCACUUUGAGCCACCAAUUUCAUUUCUUGGCAUCCGUCCCUUCAAGUGGCUAAGACUCCCUCCAAGUUGGCUUUCCGUCCAUCACUCGUUCUCUUUAUAAAUAUAAAACUUCCCCCAUCAGUCAUCACCUCUAAUCUCUAGAGAUUUAUUCAUCGAAAACCUGCAAGCUGCAACCAACCACAUAUGGAUAUCUGGUCAUGGUUAUGCGACCUUCCUAGCUCAGACGAUUGGCCCGAGUCUGACUCCCCACCCGUCUUUGAGCUUGUGAGCUCCAACGCCGGCGGCAGCCCAGACAACACCCCGAAAUCGAUUGUCCUCAACGCCCAACGAACUUCAGGAUCCAACACCGAAGCUCUAGUGACCUUAACCGUAUGCUUACACGGCUUCCAUCCUUCUAACACUAACAAAACCCUUUGGGUCUCUGAUCCAUGUCCUCUCUCAGCCGACAAGCCCUUCCUUCCGCUUCUCCUCCAACUGCUCCAAGAAAUCAUAGCCCGUUCUCCCUCCACACACGACACCACCUGUCCUCGCUCCCAGUUACAGAGGCUGAAGCCCGAACCCAUUUCCUGGAUCCUCGACUCCCACUCUCCGGAAUCGUUCUCCAACUUCUUCAACUUGGUCUUCCUCUGUCGCCUCUUCUGGUUAUGCGUCUGCGAUGCGCCCAGCGAAGUCGGCUCGCUCUACUUCAAAACCCUGUUACCUCCUAACCUGGAGGCACUGUCAUCUAACAAGCACGUAAUUCGGACCUUCUUGAUGUCCGUAGGAGUUGACGCGGAGCUUUGCUUCAUGCGCACCCUCGGGUACAUGUUAGCAAAGUGGUUGAUGUUAAGAGAGCUUGGCGUAGGAUUGCAAUCAUUAACCCCACUCCCGUCGUACAGGCUGGGCUUCUCCUACGCCACGGAAUCUCACGGGUUCUGGAUCCUGAAGGCUUACGCCCCGAUACUGUCGAUGCCACGUACCUGUGUCAACGGUCAACAAGAUCAGUACCCACUUCUCGAGACAAAGGAAUCCGUGCUAAGAUACGCUCUGGCGCACCAGCAGCUCGAGGCCGUCAUCCAGCUGGAGUACUCGGUGGGGUUCUACGAUGGAUUUCUUCAAGUCAAUGCGCGUGUCGAUAAUAUAAGAUUCCACGUUGCUAAGUUGGGACUCAGUAAAAACGACUACGGGGAGUACACCGAGGAGAAGCAUUUCCCGUCGAGGAUCCGCAUCUGGGUCGGUCCGGAGAUCGGUUCGACUUACGUGGCAAGUCUGAGCCUGGGGCGGUCCACUGAUAACCCGGAGAGAGAAGUGGAAACGCAGAAGACCAUGCACGGAAGUUUUGGAAAGUCGAAGGUCCCAAAGGUGAAAGCCAAGGCGACGUCGUCGGCGAGGACAAGAAUGAGGAACUGGAGAUGGGAACAGGACGCCGACGGGAACGCGGCGGUUUUCGAGGCGGUUUUGUGUGACAACGUUAGCGGAAUUGAAGUGGCUACGUGGAAACCGGCCAAAGGUGGGAAUCCAGUGAACGGUUUACGGAGGCGGUAUUCGGGGCCGAAUAGACCGUUCAAUAAAUCGGGCGGUGUGAUAUUCGCGGGAGACGAGUACGGGGAAGGUGUAGGGUGGAGACUGAGUAAGGAAAUGGAAGGUAGUGUGUUAAAGUGGAGGAUAGGAGGGAAGGUGUGGCUGAGUUAUUGGCCUAACGAUCUGAAGAGUCCAUACUUCGAGACGAGAUGUGUGGAUUGGUGUGAUGAAGUUGAUUUGCCACUGAUUCCGGGGAAAUAGUUUAAUUUUAAUAGGCCAUUUACUAUGGAUAUAAGACUGUGUAGAAUGUAGUCUUAAUUCUUAAAGAACUAGAGUGAUAACCUAUGGCUUUAUAUA